UUAACUAAAAAGUUUUGGCAAAUAUGUAUCAUAACGGCGAAAAAUAAGAGUUCAUUGGGUUUUAAAUAAACAAAAAAUACGUCAUUCCACUCGGCAUGAAAGGAUGGACAUUUGUCGGUCAUUUGCACACAACCGUGAAAUACCGGACGACACAGUUUCUGAACGUACCACUUUCUAAGCAGAUGUGUUUGACAGACAUUUUCACAGCUGGUUGGAUCGACCAGUGUUUGAGCAUUAUUCGCCGCAGUUGGGGGUGAACACGAAUCAGCUGCACUGAUUCAACAACAGUCCCCAAUUUCAUUUUGAAGUGUACGGGAUGAAUCGAACUCGUUUGCGAAAUUGUUCUCGUUUUUGCCAAGGAGGGACAGCGCUCAGUUUACUGUCGAUAACACUCACCUGUUUCUUGGGAUUGUUUUGGUUGAAACGAAUCUCAGAACCCGUAUCAGACUGUCAAAGCGAUUUCAACUGCCAAAAACAGAGUGUCUCGUCUUUUCGAAUAAAUUUCCUCAGGAAUGUACUGGGUGACAAUCAAAGGAAUAAACAACUCGCCAGUAAUUGGAAGACGAUUCUUUUCUGGAACGAGGGGCACGCUGGAAAUAACACGUUUGAUAUUGGGACUGGAAAAGAUAUUUUUCUGAAAGCCGGAUGCCCCGUUUGGCAUUGUGAGGCAACCACAAAUCGUACUCUUUUAGCUGACGAGAGUUAUGAUGCUGUAGUUUUCAAUCAGCGAAAGUGGGAUCCCUUGGAUCUUCCAGCUAAACGGUCAACCCAUCAACGUUACAUUUUCUGGAGCAGGGAUUCGCCCGGCUGGCGGUAUGUCAACACCAACUCCAUGGCCGAAUUUUUCAAUUGGACGAUGACCUACCGCUGGGAUUCGGAUAUCAUUUACCCGUAUGGAUGGAUAACUUUGACGGAUCCUACGAUUGUUACAAAGAUGGAUGCACAAGGUUUGCAACAACUAAUGGCUGAAACUCAACUGGGUACAGUUAACUCCGCAACUGCGAAAACGAAAAAGGUUGCUUGGUUCGUCUCCAAUUGCAAAUCUCUUAGCGCUCGGAACGAAUAUGUCGAUCGACUAAAAACCUUCAUCGACGUCGACAUUUACGGACAGUGCGGAACAAUGCGAUGCUCUCGUUUAAAUUCUGAGUUGUGUCACGAAAUGUUGGAGCGUGAUUAUAAAUUCUAUCUAUCAUUAGAAAACACUUUGUGUGAGGAUUACGUCACGGAAAAGUUUUUUGAUCAAAUGCGAUACCACAUUAUUCCAAUCGUUUUCGACCUCCACGGUCAUCACGCACGCAUGGCUCCUCCACAUUCUUACAUCAACGCUGCUGACUAUGAAUCGGUGCGGGACUUGGCCGAUUAUCUGAACCUGCUGGAUGGAAACGACACGCUUUACAAUGAAUACUUUUGGUGGAAAAAACAUUAUGAUACUCACGAUAACACUGAAGCUGCAAAACACAGCAUGUGUGAGCUUUGCCGUAUGCUUCACGAUCCCACCAAACCUGAAAAAAUUUACAAAGACAUGACGAAUUGGUGGGACAUCCAGGCAACUUGCCAAACGAUUACAUUUUCCGACGGGGAUGAGACCACCAAAGAGUCCCAUGUUGAGUACAUUUGGGAAGCCAAACCCAUGUUAAUCAGAUGGUUCGGAUGAAACAAAGAUGUACUAUGUAAUUUCCAUUUGUUUAAGUCAUAAUGUUUAGUAUUGGAAGCAAGUCAUUAUUUGCGUUGGAAUAAACCAGAGAUUUUAUUUGUGAGA